GCAGAGGGUUGGGUGUACGCAUACCAGUUGUGCCAUCUGUGAAAAGAGUUCAUACGGGCGAGAAGAACAGAAAAAGCCAAGCCACGACUAUUGUUUUAGCCUCAGGGGUACAGGUAAAGGGGAACCAGAGUUUGAAGAUAGGAAAAAUACAGGAAACUGUAACCUGAACUGUGUGUUUUAUUGCGGUUGAAUCGCCUUAGUUUAUGCGUAAACCUCAACAUACCCUCGUGUGAGGGGUUAGAAUGGAAACAACCCUCUACCCUUGUAAUGUGUUGAAUACUCGAGGGAUUUCAAGCCUCUAUUCCUACAACAGCAUGAUGAAGAAAGAAAUUAGUCUAAACCUAGAUGACCAAAGCUCGAUUCUGAAACCGAAUCUUCGGGACGCAGAGGGAAUUCUGAACUCCCCGGACUUGGGACUCUUGAAAUUGGCGACUCCGGACCUUGAACGAUUGAUUAUCCAAUCGAAUGGAAUGGUUACCACGAUCCCAACCUCUCAGUUCCUCUACCCAAAGUCAGCCAGUGACGAACAGGAAUUUGCCGAAGGCUUCGUGAAGGCGCUUGAGGAUCUUCACAAGCAGAACCAGCUGAGCGAGGGGACGUGCGUACCGCCGGACAGACUGGACCUUAUCGGCUCCAACGCAGCCCCAAUCGGCUUGCCGUCAGAUCUGCCAGUGUACACGACGUUGAACGGCUAUGGAAAUAGCCCAUUGGGCAGCACAGUGAAUUAUUCCACGGAUACAAUUCCAUUCCCACCACCACCUUCUCAUCUGAUGAGCGCGCAUCAACAGGCGGCUGCGGCGGCGCUGUCACGACUCCAGGCGUUGAAGGACGAGCCGCAGACGGUCCCCGACAUGCAGUGCUUUGGAGACAGCCCGCCUUUGUCUCCUAUUGACAUGGACAACCAGGAGCGCAUCAAGGCAGAGAGGAAAAAGCUGCGCAACAGAAUAGCGGCGUCCAAGUGCCGCAAAAGAAAGCUGGAGAGAAUAUCCCGUCUUGAAGACAAGGUCAAAAACCUUAAGACACAGAACACUGAACUGGCCUCCACAGCCAGUGUGCUUAGAGAGCAAGUGGCCCAGUUGAAACAAAAGGUUAUGAACCAUGUCAGUAAUGGAUGUCAACUUCUCCCAAACCAAGAUCAAGAUUACUAGAGGAUAGUGUAGGCCUAUGAUGCACCCACCAUAUCCCCAGAGUUAUCCUCUGGGGAUAUGGACUAACUGAAACCCAGUAGGCUAUUUGCCUGUUCUAAUAGAAUACAAAUUCAUUGCUGAAAAUCCAUUAGAACUGGAACACUAUGGGUCUCUCUUAAAAAAUGUGGCUAUAAUUUUGUUGUUAACAGGCUAAUUUUGCUGCCCUCUUCAGAGGAAAAUGCACUAUCUGCUCUCCAAUGGACAAUAAUACAUAGCCAACAAGGGUAGCAUUAUCUGCAUGUAAACUGGACAAUCUCAAUGAGUGCAACUAAACACCAGGAUGUCAUUGUGCGCAUGUCAUCUACUGUGUAAUAUAUAAUGCCUUACUUGUUUACAAGCACUUAUUUACCAAUGACAAAUGUAUAUUUUAUUUACUAAAACAUGUCUUAUUUUGCAUACUGUCUUUAUAUUUUCUGCAAAUAUGAAUUGUGCAUGUCUUGUAAGCUCGUGUUGGCUACAGUAAUUUAAUGUUGUGCAACUCUGUAUCUGUCACUUUCCAUGAAUGUAGCCGUCGUUGUUGGCCCUAUGUAGCCAUUUUGAACGGGAUUUUACCUCUCAAAGCUGUUUUAUUAAAUUCUAUGAAUUGUU